UCCUCCGCGCCAGCGCUGCGGGCCGGGGCCGGAAGUGAGCGCACGGCGGCGGUGGUUAAGCGGCGGCAGGGGGCUGCCUCCAGCCUGGCGCGCGCGUUCCCGGCGGCAGCGGCAGGCAGGAGGGAAGAAGGGAAAUGGCCGUUGCCGCGAGGCGGCGGCGCUGCGAGUAGGAAAUGUGGAUGUGUAAUUACUUACCAGAACCAGAGUUCAGUUUUUAUCAGCAGUGGUCAAUAACAUCAGUCAUCUAAUACAGCAUUCAUCCAGCCCCUUUGUACACGAGAAGGUUGCUGUGAUGUAAUUUUUUGCAGAAGAAUGCAGAAGUUGUUUCCAGACUGGACAAAUCUGCUAAAUCUAUUCUGAAGCCAAGGAUAGACGACCAGUACAAGGGAAGUGUUGCUUCUUUAAAUGGACAUCUGCUCUCGCGGUAUGGCCCAGAUAUCCAGUAGCAAUGGAUUUAAACAGCGCUCGUCACCUUCUUUGGCAGCUGCAAGGUCAAAAGAUGUGGACAAAGAGGAGGCAUUGCAGAUGGAAGCUGAGGCAUUAGCUAAGAUGCAGAAAGAAAGAGGUGUAGCUGGUAAUAAACAAACUUUUCAUUCUUUUAGCAGCACCAGACAAAAAGCACAGAGUCAUAACAAACAAGACCAUGAUCUCAUGGUGUUUCCAGAGUCUGAUGCCAAGAGCAUGGAAGAUAAACUAAGUACCAUUGACAUAGAGAAGCUUACUCAUGCUGAACUAGAGAAGCUGCUGCUGGAUGACAGUUUUGAAUCUAGUAAAGUACCUACGUUACCAGCAAGUCCUAUUUUGAGCCCAUCUGUGUCUUCGCAAUUUUAUCUUGGGCCUAUGGGUCAGAGAAGACAGUGGAUGCCUGGGAUACCAGCACCUGUGACAUGCACUUUACCUCCUAUUUACCCCUCAGCUUCUUACACAAAACAGACUGGUGUAUUUCAGAAUGGAUUCCAUCCAAGUAUGUCCUCCUAUCACUCUAGAGAACCUAUUUAUCUUGGUCUUCCAAGACAGUCGCAAUACAUUUCAUACCCAUUGGCAGCUACUGCACCUUUCCAUCCAGCAGGAAGCCUACCUAUAUAUCCUCCCGUAAUUACACCAGAAAUGGCAAAAGUAUUUGACAAAAUUGCAAGCACCUCAGAAUUUCUGAAAAAUGGGAAGUCAAGCACGGACUUAGAAAUGAGUGCUAUAAAGUCUGCGGUUUCUAACCUACCAGCCUCAGAAAGCUGCAGGGAUGUUAGUAAAUUUGAUUGGUUAGAUUUGGAUCCCCUAAGUAAACCAAAAGUGGAUAAUGUGGAGGCUUUAACUAAGGCAGACGAUGGAGAGAGGGCUUCAAGUAUGACUGCUGAAGAUCCAUGGGAUGCUGUGCUGUUAGAAGAAAAGCUGUUAGUAACUUGUCAUCUGGAAAGAAAAGUUAAUGGGAAAUCUUCUGGAGCAACAGUUACAAGGAGCCAGUCCUUAAACAUGCGAACAACUCAACUUGCAAAGUUACAGGGCCAAACGUCACAGUUGCAGAAAGACAAUGGGACCACUGGCAUGCUGACAGAAAACGUGCUUCUCCAGGAAAUUGAAGGGCAGAAUCAAGAACUGUCAGCUUUUUCUCAAGCAGUUACAAAAUUGAGGACCAAGUUUCCUUAUGCUAAUCAGCAAACAAAUCCAGGCUUUGUGCUGAGUCCAAUCAUGCUGCAGAGAAAUAUAAGCGGGGAGAGUGCCAGUAUCAAGGUUUCUAUAGAAAUCGAAGAGUUCCAGCAACCAGUAACUUUUACGUGUGAUGUGAGUUCCCCUGUUGAGCUUAUAAUAAUGCAGGCACUUUGCUGGGUGCAUGAUGACUUGAAUGAAGUGGACAUUGGCAGCUAUAUCCUGAAAGUUUGUGGCCAAGAAGAAGUUUUACAGAAUAAGCACUGUGUAGGAAGUCAUGAAUAUAUUCAGAAUUGUCGGAAGUGGGAUACAGAAAUCAAACUGCAGCUCUUGACCCGUAGUGUAAUAUGCAGAGAUCUGGCACGAACAGAAGAUGAUGACAGAACACCCAUACAUCUAACCAAACACCUCUACAAAGUAGAAAAGCCUUUCAGAGAACCUAUUAUAAGGUCCUCUAUUGAAGAGCUUCUUGAUGUGUAUCACAAGCAAGUUAACAUAGCUCUUAAAAAUGAGAACCAGCAUAAAGCAGUAGAUCACGUAAUUAAGACUGUCAGAAAAAUCUGUUCUACAUUCGAUUGUGUAGAGACUCCCGCAAUAACGGAAUCGGUAAAGAAGCUAAGGAGGGCUGUUAAUCUUCCAAGGACUAAAAAUGCUGAGGUAUCCUUAAAAUGUGGCGAUGACACUAGCAAGAGCUCAUCUGGUUCACUGCAGCCUGAAAACCCUCUGAAAGUGAGUAUAGACCAGUUAACAAAAGCAGUUGAGGCCCUUCUGCGACUCCAUAUGAAUUCAUGUAGCAGUUCUGCAGCAAUUUCUCUGAAAGAUAGUAAGAGUACCAAGGAAGCAUGCACUGCCACAGAACAUCUCCAGUUCACAAUAUUUGCUGCGCAUGGAAUUUCUUCUGGUUGGGUAUCAAAUUAUGAAAAAUACUACUUGAUUUGUUCUCUGACCCAUAAUGGAAAAGAUCUGUUUAAACCUGUUCAGUCCAAGAAGGUUGGCACAUACAAGAACUUCUUCUACUUGAUUAAAUGGGAUGAACUAAUAAUUUUCCCCAUCCAAAUUUCACAGCUGCCUUUGGAAUCAGUCUUAUGUCUGACUUUAUUUGGAAUCCUAAAUCAAAGUAGUGGGAGUUCUCCUGACUCAAAUAAGCAGAGAAAGGGCCCAGAAAUAUUGGGUCAGGUUUCUCUACCUCUUUUUGAUUUUAGGCGAUUGUUGAGUUGUGGGACAAAGCUCUUGCAACUCUGGACCUCAUCACAUCCACAUCAUACGUCAGGGAUGGCCAGUAAGAAAGGAAAUAUGGAAAGAAUAGUAUUGCAGAUUGACUUUCCAUCCCAUGCUUUUGAUAUUGAAUAUAAAAUUCCUCAAGCUGCAAAGACUGCUAUGCAUCAUUCCAUAGAAACAUUAGAAAAACCAUUGAGAGAACAUCUCCUUGCCAUUCUGUCCAAGGAUAACACUAUUGGGUUAUCAAAAGAAGAUAAAGAAUUUUUGUGGGAGAAGAGACAUUAUUGUCAUAGUCAUACUAGUAGCCUACCAAAAAUAUUGGUUAGUGCCCCUCACUGGGACUGGGCAAGUCUUCCAGAAAUAUAUUCGUUACUUCAACAGUGGCCUCCUUUAUCACCCUUAGCUGCACUGGAACUACUUGAUUCAAAGUUUGCUGAUCAGGAAGUACGAAAUACAGCUGUGAAUUGGAUAGAGACAUUAAGUGAUGAUGAGUUAACAGAUUUCCUCCCUCAAUUUGUACAGGCAUUGAAGUAUGAAACCUACCUUGACAGUGCUCUUGUCAGAUUUCUUUUGGCUCGGGCACUGGGAAGCAUUCGAAUAGCACACUACCUAUAUUGGCUCCUUAAGGAUACACUGUAUGAUCCAAAGUUUGGUGUAAGGUAUGAGCAAAUUCUUGGAGCUUUUCUUUCAGUCUGUGGAAAAAGGCUGAGGGAAGAGCUGGAGAAGCAGACCAGACUAGUGCAGCUUUUUGGAAUGGUAGCAGAAAGAGUAAAGCAAACAAGUGGAUCUGCUCGGCAGGCUGCCUUGCAAAAUGGUAUGGAACGUGUGCAGUUAUUUUUCUUGAAGAACAAAUGUCGUUUGCCUCUCAAUCCCAGUCUUGUGGCAAAAGAGUUGAACAUUAAGGCAUGUUCUUUCUUCAGCUCCAAUGCAGUACCACUGAAAGUUGCACUGAUAAAUGCAGACCCUUUGGGAGAAGAAAUUAAUGUGAUGUUUAAGGUUGGAGAAGAUCUAAGACAAGAUAUGUUGGCUUUACAAAUGAUUAAGAUUAUGGAUAAGAUCUGGCUGCAGGAGGGACUGGAUCUACGAAUGGUUAUCUUCAAGUGUCUCUCAACUGGAAAAGAUCGAGGCAUGGUAGAGCUUGUUCCUGCUUCAGAUACACUUAGAAAAAUUCAAGUGGAAUAUGGAGUGACAGGUUCUUUUAAAGACAAGCCUCUGGCAGAAUGGUUGCGAAAGUAUAAUCCUACAGAGGAAGAAUAUGAAAAGGCUUCAGAAAACUUCAUUUACUCUUGUGCAGGAUGCUGUGUAGCUACUUAUGUAUUGGGAAUUUGUGACCGCCACAAUGAUAACAUAAUGCUCCGAAAUACAGGGCAUAUGUUUCACAUUGACUUUGGAAAAUUUUUGGGUCACGCGCAAAUGUUUGGUAGCUUUAAAAGGGAUCGAGCUCCUUUUGUGCUAACAUCAGAUAUGGCUUAUGUCAUUAAUGGUGGUGAAAAACCCACUAUUCGCUUUCAGUUGUUUGUGGAUCUCUGUUGUCAAGCUUACAAUUUGAUAAGAAAACAUGCAAGCCUCUUCCUUAACCUACUUUCAUUGAUGCUUUCUUCUGGGUUACCAGAACUAAGUGGGGUUCAGGACUUGAAGUAUGUCCAGGAUGCUCUCCAGCCCCAAACAACAGAUGCAGAAGCUACCAUUUUCUUUACGAGGUUGAUUGAAUCUAGUCUGGGAAGUGUUGCCACAAAGUUUAAUUUCUUCAUUCACAAUUUGGCUCAGCUGCGUUUCUCAGGUCUACCUUCUAAUGAUGAACCCAUCCUCUCAUUUUCUGCUAAAACAUAUUCUCUUAAACAAGAUGGCCGAAUCAAACAAGUGUCUGUGUUUACAUAUCAGAAGAGAUAUAACCCGGAUAAACAUUAUAUCUAUGUAGUGAGAGUUUUGAGAGAAGGGCAAGUUGAGCCAACGUUUGUCUUCCGAACAUUUGAUGAGUUUCAGGAGCUCCACAACAAACUUGGCAUUCUCUUUCCUCUUUGGAAGUUACCAGGCUUUCCUAAUAAGAUGGUUCUGGGAAGAACACAUAUAAAAGAUGUAGCAGCUAAAAGAAAAGUGGAGCUCAACAGCUAUAUACAGAGUCUGAUGAACAGUUCUUCAGAGGUGGCAGAAUGUGAUCUUGUUUAUACUUUUUUCCAUCCAUUACUUCGUGAUGAAAAAGUGGAAGGAAUAGAUGGAAUAGCCAGACCUACAGAUGCAAGUCCAUCAAGUCCUACCUCGGGCAAAGUGGGAGGAGAAGUAAAGCUAUCCAUAUCCUAUAGAAAUAGCACUCUAUUUAUCAUGGUGAUGCACAUUAAAGACCUGGUUACAGAAGAUGGUGCAGAUCCAAAUCCCUAUGUAAAAACAUACUUACUUCCAGAUACGCACAAAACAUCCAAACGCAAAACCAAAAUCUCCCGGAAGACAAGAAAUCCAACUUUCAAUGAAAUGCUUGUGUACAGUGGAUAUAGCAUGGAGACUCUGAAACAGAGAGAACUUCAGUUAAGUGUGCUCAGUGCAGAAUCAUUACGUGAGAACUUUUUCUUGGGUGGAAUUACACUCUCACUAAAGGACUUCAACUUGAGCAAGGAGACUGUUAACUGGUAUCGACUAACUGCUGUACCCUAUCUGUGAACUCAUUUCUACACCUGAGUAAGACCAGAAUAAUUGUAUUCUCUUGUGCUUUGUGCAUCUUCCUACUUGAAGAUAACUUGUACAUCUUAAGAGACUCUGCAUUUCAACAGAUAUGUUGGACCAACGUUCAUGUAGCCUAAUUUGGAGGACUUCUAGAAAACCUGGUUUAUGCUUAUGCGAAGUUAUCAAAGCAUCAUUGUAAAUGUUUGAGUUGUGGGUAAAGGAAGGGGUUUUUAAUCCAUGAAAGUGAGAUGAACAGUUUGACCAUGCUGGUUGGUUAAACCAUAGCUUAAUCAUUAGGCCUGUGGAUAUAGUCCAUUUUUGCUUUUUUGUUACCUGUGUUGUCAGCCAUGGCAUGAUGCUGGAGAACAUCAAAGAAAUGACGUGUCUUAGGAUUACAUUCCCACUGCUAACGAGACAUCCCAGAAGCAGUGAUGGCUAAAAUUUUGGUGGCUUCACACACACCUGUAGAAAUGGAGGUUGAAGGGCUGGAAAAAUUUCUUAGCGUUGCAUUUAAUCCCAGAUUCUUGCUUCUCUAAGACUUACUGGAGUGCGUGCCAAUAAUGGAAGUUGUACAUAAUGGUGCCUUAUAAUUCAAAUGCUUCUCUUUUACCUCAUUUCUGGUAUUUAAAUAUGUAUACAUAUUAACUUUCAGCUCUUUAAAAAGGGGAAACGUUCUCAUAUUUGAUACCUUGCAGGUCCUACUGGAAGUCUUUUCCUGAGAUGUGAUAUUUAGAAAUAACAUCACUUACGCUGAUCUUCAUAGUUAGUGCAACUUAGAUAAAUUUUUUUUCUACCCAUGAUCUCUAAAAAUUGAAUGAAGACUGGCUGAAUGUGGUGCCAUAGGAAAUGUGCCCAGCUUCUCAGUGUUUUGAAAUGUCUUAAUUUCUAGAACUUUUAAAUGCUGCAGUGAUUAAAUGUGGAACAGAUUCAAACACUAAAUCUGAAGUAGCAUUUGCACCUGUACCUCCAGGUAAAGGAUGGCCUCUAGUUAAAAAGCACAACUGGUGGAUGAAUUGCAGGCCAGAAAUGAGUUGCAUUAACAGAGCUUUGAGAGAGGAACUUGGUCACUUUUUUUUAACAGUUCACAGCAACACUGUUUCUCACUCCCAGUAAGAGUUAAUUCCACUAAAAAUACUUCAUUCCAAGGAACAUUAGAUUUGAACUCUAUUGUGACAGUGGAGUACAAAUGUCACUUACUAUCUCCUGUUAAUAUCACUGGUUACUUAAUUAGGUGCUUCUGCACUACAGCUGUAGCCUUUUUAUUCACCUUACUCAGUGUUGAGGAUGAUUAUGUUCUGUCUAAACAAAGCUAUAAAGUUGCACACUUUAGUGCUAAGUCUUGGAGCAAGACAGACUAUCACCACUGACUAUGACUAGAGCAAAAUUUUAAAGUGAAACAUGCAACUAUGAACAGAGACACAAUAUGGGGAAAGUCGUCUAUAUGCCCAACACUAAAAACUUAUUUCAUAAUCUGAUUUUCCUUCCCCUGCUACUGACCAAUCUCCCUUCAGUACAGAAGAGAGAAGUAAACUUGAAUCUCUUGGUGCCUAAAAUAUUCAUGGUCCAAUUUUGUAGGAGUUAUUACAAUUAAAAAGCUAAGAACAUCCUGAAUGUUAGAAACUGGGUUGAUGCUAAUGGGCGCUAACAAAUCUCAGUUUUAUUAGGCAUCUUCUGCAUAUUUUUCAUAUAAAUAUAGCCUGUAAAUAAUAAACUAUAUAACUAACUA